ACGGCAGGAAGCGCGCGACGCUGGCUGCGGAGCGCAGGUAGGCGCGGGGACAACGGAGGACCCUCCCCAGCGGCGCGCACCUGCCAGCCGCCACGCACCUGCCGCGGGCCCGCGCCCUGCGCCCCCGCUUCGGCCUCUCCGCCGUUUGUCUCCCUCUACUGUGUGGCUGAAGAGCCGGGGACUAACCAAGCUCUUUUCCUAGAGUGGGACGUCUUUGAAGUAAAGGCUCCUAGAGUGGCCUUGAGCGACAGUGCGGGGGCGAUCCCGUGCUGGCGACGAUGAGUUCCCGGGGAAAGUGGAAGCAGAAGGUGCCCCGAGACCCGGGGGCUGGGGUCGCCUAGCUGUGAUGCCAGGUCCCCUCCGGGCCCCAGGCCGCGAGUGACAGCUGUGGGAAGACGCCUGCCGGAGACCCAGCGCUUUGUCUGCAGCCGCGCGUUGGGGACGUGGGCGUGCCUGUAGUCUUCACCACCAGGCCAAGCGGCUGUACGACCUGGGAGGAGCCGGCUCGCAAAGCCCUUGGGAAAGCUCUCAGCCAGCACCCUGGGAUCUCGGGUUGUUUGUUUGCUAAAGAACUGCUUCCCGGAGCCCGGGCUCUGUGGCCAACGCAGUGACAGCCACCGUCUGGCCGUAAUAAAGGGUUUAAACCAUCGGAAAAGUCCCCCAGCUGUGCGCACUACUCUUCCAGCACGUUGGGUCCACCCAAAGAUCUUGGUGAACCGCAGAGCUCAGUCCCCCGAUGGAAGGAAGAAGGGACAGGACCCAGUAGGACCCAUUUGAGGUUGCUUCCCGGACUGUGUGAACUGCAGGGCUGUCAGAACCACCUUAACCCGUUUCUGAAGUGUCUGAUUUCCGGACUAGAGCACCGAGGUUGGGGGCGACAUAAAUGGCUCCGCUUCCCGUGGGCAUCCGCUUCAUCAACUCCUUCUCCAGGGAUCAGUGGUAUCGAGCUUUCAUUUUUAUGCUGACAUUCCUGCUCUACGCAAGCUUCCACUUAUCCCGAAAGCCUAUCAGCAUAGUGAAGGGCGAGCUCCAUAAGCAGUGUGCUUCUGCGGGUGAGCCUGAGUCUAGAUUCAGUGGCCCGAGCAGCAGUACCAGGCAUGGCCCCACCCACUGGCUCCUGAACAAUGAGACCGACUGUGGCUGGGCCCCCUUUGAUAAGAACAACUACCAGCAGCUGCUUGGAGCCCUGGAUUACGCCUUCCUGUGCGCCUAUGCCAUCGGGAUGUACCUCAGUGGCAUAAUAGGGGAACGCCUGCCGAUUAGGUAUUACCUGACUUUCGGGAUGCUGGCCAGCGGCGCCUUCACAGCACUGUUUGGCUUGGGCUAUUUCUACAAUAUCCACAGCCUGGGAUUCUACGUGGUGACCCAGAUCAUUAAUGGACUGGUGCAGACCACAGGCUGGCCCAGCGUUGUCACCUGCCUCAGCAACUGGUUUGGAAAAGGAAGGCGUGGCCUGAUCAUGGGGAUUUGGAAUUCCCACACCUCCGUGGGCAACAUUCUGGGGUCCUUGAUUGCCGGUUACUGGGUGUCUACAUGCUGGGGCCUGUCGUUUAUCGUGCCCGGGGCCAUCGUGGCAGCCAUGGGGAUAGUGUGCUUUCUCUUCCUCAUCGAACACCCAAAGGACAUCAAGUGCUCCUCCACCCUCCCCACGCAUCCCAGAGCCUCUGAGAACGGCAUAAACAGAUUUAGACUCCUGAAGCAAACCACACACAGUGAAAAGAACGGGCCUCUGGACCCAGAGCUUCAGUGCUUACUGCCCUCCAGCGGGAAGAACCUCCUCCACCCGAGCCACGUUGUCGUCCUCCCCAGUGAUGGCAGCAUGGCCGCCAUCAGCUUUACGGGAGCCCUGAGGAUCCCGGGUGUGAUCGAGUUUUCUCUGUGCUUGCUCUUUGCCAAGCUGGUCAGUUACACAUUCCUGUUCUGGCUCCCGCUGUACAUCACCAAUGUAGAUCACCUGGAUGCCAAGAGAGCUGGGGAACUGUCCACGUUGUUCGACGUGGGCGGGAUCUUUGGUGGGAUUCUAGCAGGCGUGAUCUCCGACCGUCUGGAGAAACGAGCCACCACCUGUGGUCUGAUGCUACUACUGGCGGCACCCACGCUCUAUGUCUUCUCCUCUGUCAGCAAAAUGGGCCUAGAAGCCACCAUAGCCAUGUUGCUCCUCAGUGGGGCCCUGGUCAGUGGACCCUACGCACUGAUCACCACUGCCGUCUCUGCAGACCUGGGAACUCACAAGAGUCUGAAAGGGAACUCCCACGCCCUGUCCACCGUGACAGCCAUUAUCGACGGCACUGGGUCUGUAGGAGCUGCCUUGGGGCCCCUGCUGGCGGGGCUCAUCUCCCCUUCAGGAUGGAGCAACGUAUUCUACAUGCUGAUGUUUGCAGACGCCUGUGCCUUACUGUUUCUGAUCCGUCUCAUACACAAGGAACUGAGCUGUCCAGGGCCAGCUACAGGGAUCCAGGCUCCGUUGAAGGAACACUGACCACGGAGUCCUCAGGAGUUCCUGGGCCCAUCUUAUACACGCCGUUUUGGAAAAGGUGAAAUGAAGGAUCCUGUCCUAAAAAGGAGGGCUGGCCAUUCCAUGUGCGCCUGGGGGCGACUCGGAAGCUACCUUGAGACUUGCUGUACAGACAGCAAGCUCAGACUGACAGCGGGGAGUCUGUCUGGCUGUGUCCCACUGCCUUAAUGGGCCAAGACCCAGUGGCCCAGCCAGCCCCAGCCUGACAGAUGCUCACUGCCAUUUGGCCGCUGAACUCUUAUCUAGCCUGCACAGUGACAGGUAGGACUGGCCUGCAGCACCCAGGCAGCCCACCCCUCUCAGGUAUCCAGUGCAGAAUGUUAUAUAUAGCCUGUGAGCCCCAGCCGUCCUGCCCCGCCAUUUCCUGAAUGUUGGGGGUGAAAGGAUGGGACAUGUCACGGAUGUCUCAGCAGCCAACCAACAGCCUCUGAAGAGCACGUGAAAGCCGGAUCACAGUCAGAGACUGAGAUGGAAGUCCACACCCGGCCGUCACGAAGACCCAUGCUCAGUACCAACCACAUCAAGAUGUGAAUGUCUGUGAAGCAAUAAGCCCUCCCUCCCCCAACAAGGCAGGGACACUAAGAAGGCCAGUCCCAAAGCACCGGUGUGUGCUACGGUCCCCGGAAGUAUCAAGAGAGUGAGACUGUAGUGGCUGGGGAGGGGAUUUUGUUGGUUACCGUGAGCAAUGGGUCUCACCCAGCCAUCCUACUUAUCCCAGCCCCCGGGGCUGUUUCUAGACCCACAGGGAUUUAUUUAUUUUAAAUGUAUAAUGUGUUAUAUAGAUUUUAAGAGACGUAAAUGGCAUUUUGUUAUUUAUUAAGGCAAACCAUGAUUGUUCUGUGGCCAUUUGUUGUCUUCAUCGUAUCUGCCCUUUGAAAUAAAUGAGUUUUUAUUUAAAAAAAAAAAAA